AGCGCGCUUGACGGGAGUAUGGCCGCGCAAAGACCUUGGAACCCAGCGCAUUUACAGGGCAAACGAUGUCCAUACCCGCCGAGAAGUUGCUCGUUGGGCCACGGCCCGAACGCCAUGUCCCAAGCCGGGCACCUGUGGAACGGGGGAAGGGAGGGGGCCACUUGAAUAACACAUGUUCGCAUCUGGGUGUUGCUGCAGCCAUGAAAGGAUAUCACGGCCUGGUUGCCAACCAUCACGGGUUUUAAGACAUGGGGCUUUCCCUCUUGCACGAGGCUGAGGCACCUUAUCCACGGCCAUGCCACGGCAUGCAGAAAGACGGCACCGAGAGAGUGGAGAUGGUGCGGGAUGUGUACUGUCUCGAGGAUGUAGUCGUGCGCGGUGGGCAUCAUCUCGCAGACGCGGCCAAACCGCAAACGGGAUAUCAUCUUGCCGACAUUCCUUCUUCAGAAAUAUCUGCAGACACGUAUACUGGCCAGAUUUCCUUCUCUCGGCCGACCUGACGCCCCCUCAGAGGGACCUCGGCAUGCAUACCAUUCCUGAAUCGUGCACACACUACAUGACAGCGUGCGCGAGCCACUGCCUGCUCAGUCUUCUAGCAAACCGUACACUUCUGUGUGCGUUCUCCUCCUUCUCCCUGGACCUCCCUUUCGGCAUCAUCGGCAGAAUAGCCGGGCGAUCACGCACAACACAGAGAAAUACACAGGCUGCUUAUACCUUGAUACAUGAACGCGAUGAAAUGGAAUCAUGCAGCUGUUGGAUGUUGAAUGAGCAUCUUCGCGGCGUCACGAGGCUGGAGGACUGAGAUUCCAAGGAAGAGAAAGAAGAAGAGGAUCAUUGGGGCAUUGGUGGUGGUGCUGGAUGAGGGCGGAUUAGGGGUGAUGAAUUGGUGGUUGGCGACGAAACGACAGUGGGCGACAGCCAAGCCGUCACCACUCGUACUUUGUCUCAGCUAUCCAUCGGCACAUGGCUCAGGCUU